CAUCUUCCCAACCCAUUACGAAGGCCCGUCCAAUCUAUCACCAAGUUAACAUUCCUUUUCUCUGCUCACUUUACCUACCUUGCUUUAAUCCCAAGUCUAAUUUGUCAACUCAGUCUUUCUUCUUCAGAUCUCUCACAAACACGUCGUCCAAUCUAUUUACCUUUCUUUCUUCUUUCUGUGAAUCUUAAUAUGGGUAAAUUUUCAGUAAUCAUUUACAUAACUAUAGCUCUGCUUCUUCUCUUAUUUCUUUCGCAAUCGCCCAAGCAGCCUCAGAACCACCGCCACCGAAGGCUGAGACUUCGAUCUUCUUUCAAGUUCAACCCUACACGUCACGAGCCUGUCCCAUUUGACCCACUUGUGGCCGACAUUGAGCGGAUUCGCGAGGACAGGCAGUGGGAGAAAUUGUACAUGGAGGACGCGCAUCCCGAGCUUGUAAGCCAUGAACACGAGCCUGCCCCGGGCCAUGAGAGUCAGCCCGAGUGGGAAGAUUUUAUGAAUGCAGAAGAUUACUUGAACGAUGAGGAGAAGUUCAAUAUUACCAAUAGGCUGGUGCUUUUGUUUCCAAAGAUUGAUGUGCAGCCACCUGAUGGGUAUAUUAGCGAGAGUGAGUUGACUGACUGGAACAUGCAGCAGGCUGAGAGGGAUGUGAUGCACAGGACUCAGAGAGAAUUGGAGACUCAUGAUAAAAAUCGGGAUGGACUUGUGUCCUUUGCAGAGUAUGAGCCUCCCAGUUGGGUUCGUAAUGCAGAUAACAGUUCUUUUGGCUAUGAUAUGGGUUGGUGGAAAGAGGAUCAUUUUAAUGCAGCGGAUGCUGAUGGAGAUGGUCUUUUGAAUAUAACUGAGUUUAAUGAUUUUCUACACCCAGCUGAUAGCAAAAAUCCAAAGCUUAUAUUGUGGUUGUGCAAAGAAGAAGUAAGGGAGAGAGAUUCAGACAAAGAUGGUAAAGUUAAUUUUAAAGAAUUUUUCCAUGGGCUCUUUGACUUGGUAAGGAACUAUGAUGAAGAAGGUCAUAAUUCUUCUGAUUCAUUUGAUGACUCAAUGGAUGCCCCAGCUAGACAGUUAUUUUCUCAGCUUGACAAAGAUGGUGAUGGAUUUUUGGCAGAUGUAGAGCUAAUUCCAAUAAUUGGAAAAAUUCAUCCAUCAGAGCGAUACUAUGCAAAACAACAAGCAGAUUACAUCAUAUCUCAGGCAGACACUGAUAAAGAUGGUCGUCUAACCCUGAUAGAGAUGAUUGAGAACCCCUACGUAUUUUACAGUGCUAUUUUCAGUGAUGAGGAGGAAGACAAUUUUGACUACCAUGAUGAGUUCCGUUAAUUUCUGGCCAGGUCACUAUGAAAAAACGAAUAGAUUUCAAAUUCUUUGUUCGUGAGAAUGUACUACUUAAUAUAGAAUUAAAAUUAUGGAAGUUUUUACAACCUUCAUUGAGGAUCAUGCCCAGCAAAAGUGCCUUACUGGAUUUUGGAGAUAUCGACUGCCUCCAAACCUUGGAUGGGCGGUUGGAACAUUAACUUACUGGGGAAGAAUUUGUUGAAGAUAAUUAUAUACUUUUUCAGUUGGUUUUUUUUUUUUUUUCAAUCAAUUUUCAAUUAGUUGAUGUACAUGUACCAUAGAACAUCACUGAUCAUCAUUAUUUGUUCACGGUUUCCACUUUAGGUUUGAUUAAAAUCUAGGGCUGCUGUUAUUGGGA